AUGGAUUACUUCUAGAGCUGUGGUGAAGGAUGUUUGAGAUUAUAUGCUGAUUCUGAAAUGUUGUAAAUGCGUUGCUAUUCUCUCUUGAAUCAGUUCUGAGCUUAGUAUUUAACAGCAGAUGGUGCUCUAGGCUAGUUUUUAACUGUACACUCAAGUGCCCACAUGGAAGAUCGCUUCUGUGUUCGGCUGAGUCAUGUUAAUUGGCUUAAAUGGCACGAGAAUAAUGUAGACAGUACAAUACCAUGCACAUUCUUGUAAUUUGCAUAAACCUUACUACGGUGGCAGAGAGAGCUUAACAUGCUGCAAUUAUAGAAAACACGUGCAAUUACAAAAUUACAAAUAUGCCAGCAAAUUAAGGAAAGAUCUUCAUCCAUUUAACAGCACAUGUCCUCACAACGCAUACACAUAAAAAAAUAUGCUGCAUUUUCUCACAACGCAAACAAUUUACAAAAUCGCACUGCAUUGUCUCACAAUGCAAACAAAGUAAAGAAUGUACUGCAUUUUCCCUCAACGCAAACAAUUUACGAAAUCGCUUUGCAUUUUCCCUCAACACAAUUUACAAAAUCGUGUUGCAUUUUCCCACAACGCAAACAAUUUACAAAAUCGUGUUGCAUUUUCCCACAACGCAAACAAUUUACAAAAUCGUGUUACAUUUUUCCUCGACGCAAACAAUUUACAAAAUUGCGCUGCAUUUUCCCUCAACGCAAACAGUUUACAAAAUCGCGCUGCAUUUUCCCUCGACGCAAACAAUUUACAAAAUCGCGCUGCAUUUUCCCUCGACGCAAACAAUUUACAAAAUCGCGCUGCAUUUUCCCUCGACGCAAACAAUUUACAAAAUUGCGCUGCAUUUUCCCUCAACGCAAACAAUUUACAAAAUCGUGUUACAUUUUCCCACAACGCAAACAAUUUACAAAAUCGUGUUGCAUUUUCCCACAACGCAAACAAUUUACAAAAUCGUGUUACAUUUUUCCUCGACGCAAACAAUUUACAAAAUUGCGCUGCAUUUUCCCUCAACGCAAACAGUUUACAAAAUCGCGCUGCAUUUUCCCUCGACGCAAACAAUUUACAAAAUCGCGCUGCAUUUUCCCUCGACGCAAACAAUUUACAAAAUCGCGCUGCAUUUUCCCUCGACGCAAACAAUUUACAAAAUUGCGCUGCAUUUUCCCUCAACGCAAACAAUUUACAAAAUUGCGCUGCAUUUUCCCUCAACGCAAACAGUUUACAAAAUCGCACUGCAUUUUCCCUCAACGCAAACAAUUUACAAAAUUGCGCUGCAUUUUCCCUCGACGCAAACAAUUUACAAAAUCGCGCUGCAUUUUCCCUCAACGCAAACAGUUUACAAAAUCGCGCUGCAUUUUCCCUCGACGCAAACAAUUUACAAAAUCGCGCUGCAUUUUCCCUCGACGCAAACAAUUUACAAAAUUGCGCUGCAUUUUCCCUCAACGCAAACAAUUUACAAAAUCUUGCUGCAUUUUCCCACAACGCAAACAAUUUACAAAAUUGCACUGCAAUUUUUCACAACACAAAAAGAACAGAACACAAUGGAAAUGUUUGAAAGGGACCUAAAAAAAGUGAUGGAUGCUGCUGUGCUGUGACUAUUGCUUAGUGAAGAUGAUCUUUGAAAGGUGAGUUUUUUUGUUUUUUUUAAAAUCCUGAUUCGCAUGUCUAGUAUUUAUUAAUACUUAAAUAACAAUGACCUAAAUAGCUAGGUUCGUCACAUUGUAGGAUCUCCUUAAAACAAUUCCAUUGUGUUGUGAGAAUGUUUGCGUUGUGAAAAAAUGCAGCGUGUUUUAUUAAUUUGUUUCUGUUGUUAGAAAAUGCAGCACUUUUUUUUUUUUUUUUUUAAUGUGUUUGCGUUGUGACGAUUGGCAGUGUGUUGUCAAACUAAAGAUUUUUUUCUCAAGUUGCUGGGUUUUUUGUAAUUGCACGUGUUUUCUUAAAUUGCAGCACAUUAAGCUCUUAGCCACCAUACCUUACUUUAUUUUUAAUUAUUAUUUAUUUUAUUAUAGACCGCUAUAUACUGUUAGAAACUAAGCACAGAAUCAAUGCAGAAUCAAUAUCUCAAAUGAUUUUUAGCCACAGCUCGAAAUAGUUUACUUCCAGAAUUUUCAUUUAUCUGAUAAUUUACUCGCUUCCCUAUGUAUUUCAAGAUCUGACUAUUUCCCUCUUUCUUCCGUUGAAAGAAAAUUAAGGAUUUUGAGAAAAACAUUUUCCAUAAACACUCAAAAAAAGCGCUCACUGUUUGUUCAAAUUUCUUUAAAACAAACUGAAACAACUCAAUUCUUGAGUGUUUUUGGGGACAACUUAAUUGUUUUUUGUUUAAUCCACUUAAAUUUGUAAAAACCAAUAGGUUAACUCAAUAUCUUCACGUUGUCCCAACACAAAUUGAUUUUGUGCAACCCACCAUUUUUGACUUCUGGUGCUCAGGUUUGAACCUCCAUAUUUAGUUUUCAAUACAGUUCCAAAAAGCUCUUAAUGAUCCAGAAUGAGGAAUAAGCUACUUACUCAAUAACACAGUCAGAAUUUAAUGUUUUAACCAGAGCUAAUCAAACGUUUGUGGUUAAAAAAAAAAAAGUAUGACCCAUCAUUUCACUAUAAAAGACCCUUAUUCCUUCUCUGGGAUCAUUUAUCCAUUGUGAAAAGAAAAGAAAAAAAAAAAGAGUAAAUGAUCAGGAAAUUCAUAUUCUGGAAGUGAACUAAUCAUUUCAACUCGAGGAUACGCAACCUUCCUACAGUUCACCUCUAAAUGAUUGAGUACUUCUGAAGAUCUGACACUGUGUAAACACUAGACAUACCUGUUGUUUUAUUGUUGCAACAGUUACAGUAAGGUAAGGCAGGUUUGCACCCUAAGAAACGAUGUCCUGCAGAGUUUUAGUCCAGCCUUGAUAAGAUCUCACCUGCCUGUAGCUUUCUACGAUGAUUUUGCUGCUUGUUCAGAGUUUAAACAAAGCAAUUAAAGUAAAAAAAAAAAACGUUUUAUGUUAAAUCUACCUACAUUUCUAACAACAGUUAAGUUAACUUAAUAGAUUUGUCUUCAGAAAACAUGAAGGAAUUGUGUCGUGUGGAACUCAAUGUAGUAGCCCUCAGAACUUGAUUAGCCUGUUCUGGUGUGUUUGAUUAGGAUUAGAGCAAAACUCUGCUGCACUGCAGCUCUCAGGGACCAAACCUACGCCUGAAAUAGAGGUCGUAACACGGGUCAAACCAAUUAUAUGUCCUUUAUAUCCGUAAACAGAAUGAGACUAUGAAGAUUUGUCGCUCACUUUAUGCCACAUCUAGUCAGGACAGAAUCACUGUUAACGUUUUUUUCAUUCUUAAUGUCUUUCGUCUGCACUCGUGUCAAAGUUAGACACUGUUGUUCAGCUUAUUCAGGUGUAUUUGAUCAGGGUUGAGCUGAACUUUGCAAGAUCUUCAGGAACAGAACUGAACACACCUGCUUUUUUACUUCUGAAGGGUAAAUAACUGGAAAGGUUUGAGAUUACUAUAAAACAUGAAGUAAACUUGAAGCCGAGUUACUUCUCAUUUUUUCUGUGUUGAAUUUUGUGUGGUUAGAUUCUUUACAUGGAUAGAUUCACUGCAAAAUCUCUUAAUCAGUGUUUAUGCUUUGUUUUGCGUAAGAAAUAUUGAGAUAUCCGUAAAAAAAGAAACUGACACGUGUUAGCUAUGGAAAAGUUGAAUAUAAUUUAUAUGAUUUAAAGCUUUGUUGCUGCUGGAAGGGCAUCUGCUGUGUAAAACAUGGGGGAAUAGUUGGUGGUUCAUUCCGCUGUGGCAACCCCUGAUAAAUAAGGGACUUAAGCUGAAUGAAUAAAUGAUUUGAAACAUUCAAGAUAAUGGAAAAUUAACAAAUGCUUUUGCUACAUUAAUUUAGGUUAUUGUUUAUUUUUUUCCUCUAUGAACAUUUUAACAUUUGAAGAAAUGUACAUGAGCGUUAUUUGGCAGUAUAGCGUAAUGGUGUACUUGUACAUCAAUAAUAGCCUAGAAUAAUAGAUUUCAUUUAGUAUAUGGAGUAGGUUUAUUGUUAAAACAUACUACAUCUCCUCCUUUUUCAUUCUUGAUUUAUUUUUGUUCAUGGAUUUAUCUUGAUGUUUGGAUAUUUUAAACUGUAAAACAAAGUCAAAAUACAGAUGAAGAAGAAGCAGUUUAAAAGUGUGAGAAACGUGAUUAUUGUUGCUUUAGUGUUGCUUUAAAAAAGCAAUAUAAACAGAGGCUGUGAAGCUGUUGAUAGUUUCUGACGUGUUUAGUGCAAAUCCUGUUAUUUCACGCUCCGUUGCUAACAUUAAAGAUCUAGCAUAGGCCCGUCCGCAAAAUUCAAACCUAUCAAGUAGAGUGAGGAUUUAGCCACACUUACAUAGUGCUGUGAUCAUCGUUAUUGAUUGGUGAUUUAAUGUCCGGUUCAUCUUCAGGUCAUCCCUGUGUUUGUCCUCUGGAGUUUGUAGUGCUGUAGAUGAGUGAUCAGUGUUAUAAGAGAUAGAGAGGUUUCUUGAAAAGUGUGAUUUGUGUAUGGCCAAUUGCCUCAGUGUUUGGUCUGGUUUUCUCAAAUCAUUAAAACUGUUUUCAGCCCUUUUGAA